AUUAUAAUUGUUAAGGGUGUAUAUGUAAAUAGGUUUUGAUACGUUUACACUAUUAUCUAUGUCUAGUCUUAAGUUCUUUUUUAAUUCCAUAUUUAAAUUCUAAUGUUAUUUUGACUGUUUAUAUUUUUGUACGUCAGUUCGCAAAAUAAAUCCGUUGCAUACAGUCGACUGCCUGGUUUAUUGAUUAUUUUCCACCUUUAGCUAUCGAAAUUCCCUCUUCUUCAUUUGGUCCUUCUUCCUCACUCAUGAUCUUGCGAUCUAAAACCAAGCAGUCGGCUAAAAGCGCAAAAAUGACGCGCUCGGAAACGGGUACCCCUGCCACGGGUAGGCUCGGCCAGUCCAAAAAGUUGGACCACGGUGCGGCCGACGCCACCGUACCAUCCGCGGCUUCCGACCCGCAAAUCCCCGGGACGUCUCGCGAGUGCCUCACAACCGGCACCAGCGCCGAACAAGUUAAUGUUCCCCUCAGUUGCAGGUCUCGCGCUUCGGGCUCUACGCGAUCAUCGGCCACGAUUAGGGCACGACGGUUGACCGCGGAGGCCCACUUGGCCCGCAAAAGCAUAGAAAGAGAACAGGAGCUCUUUCAACGCGAGCUCGACAACCAACGGAAACUCCUUGAGCAGGUUAAACAGGUAGAACAGCUUGAACUUGAAGCGAAAAUAGCCGCCUUAGAAGCCGAGGAGCGAUCCAAUCACACGAAAAUACGGCGCGUCUACAUAACGCACUCCGCGGGCCCGCCCGGGAGGCCGUCGCCUCUUUACUCAACACCGCGGCAGCUUCCGAAGAUAUCAUGGCAGCACUCGAACGUACAUUUGCUUGUCCCGAAAUGAUUAUCUUCGGCGAAGUUCAGAUUUUGAAAACGCUGCCUCGGCUCGGGCCUGACCUAAAGGAGAUAGGUAUUUUCGCUAAUAAGGUACGCAAUUCUUUGUCUAGUAUGAAAUUACUCGGCCUACGAGAAUAUUUACAAUCGCCGUAGCUGUUUCAUAAUAUUCUAGGAAAAUUUAACCCUUUAAUGAAAAUGAGAUGGUCUGAUUAUGCGUCAGAUUUGUCAGAAACGUCAAACCAUCUCAAGUCAAAGUUAGAACUUUUAUCUGACUUUCUAACACGCGAACACGAACGCUAUACUAAAUUCGCUUUAUCACCAGAAGUAGGGCUUUCUACGUCUAUACCGCAACAAUCACGAGUACAUUUUCCAAUGAAUAAACUAUUUAAACGUGAAAAUAUACAUUCCGUCACUCAUGACAAAAAUAAAACGAUUGGUAAGAUAGAGUGUGUUUAUUGUAAAAAAUCCCACAAUAUUAAAAACUGUACUGAAUUUACGUCGUUAUCUGUUGACGAUAGGUGGCGUUGGUUGCGUGAACACAAAGUUUGUUAUAGAUGUCUAAAAGACAACUCACACCUAUGGAAAUUAUGCAAAAGCAACCCUUGCGGGGUCGAUGGUUGUACUUUUCGACACAACCCUCUUUUGCACGGCAGGCAGGAAACGUUUACAUCACCGCCUCCACCCGAUACACGGAUUAAUAACAUCAUUUGCGUUCCUGCGGCUGAAAGUGGUACCCAGCAUUCGUCGAGUUCCUCGCCAGCCGAUAAUAAGGAGUCAGACAAUAAUGUGACUGUGUCUAAUAUAGGUAUAUCGUGUAACCAACAUGAAACGUCUAAUGAAAUAUGUUCAAAUAUUACAAUGUUGAAGGUUUUACCAGUGACACUGUCAGGGCCAAAUGGCAGCUAUGAAACCUUCGCGUUUCUCGAUGAUGGCAGUACUGCGACUAUGAUCGAUUGUAAAGUGGCUGCUCGUAUAGGUUUAAUAGGGCC